AAACAGAAGGAAACAGCAACUCCGCCGCCGGCGGUAUGCACCACCGGCGGUCGGUCAGACUUCUGCGACUUACGAGGAGACAUCAGGGUCGACCCAAGCUCAUGGACCGUUUACUACGUCGCCACGUCAGAGAAUGAAAACGGCAACACGUCGUCGUUCAGCGUCAGGCCCUACGCGAGAAACGACGAUCCCUACGCAAUGGCGACCGUAAGAGAAUGGUCGCUAAAAAUGGUGCCGCCGAGCGACCCGGAGCUGCCGUUCUGCUACGAAAUUCACGACGCCGCCGGCGUGAUCUUCUCCCUUGCUGGGUACGCCGGACACCGGUUUCACCUCUUCACCGACGUCCUCGUGCCUCUUUUCGCCACCGCUCGGCCCUUCGACGGGGAAGUUGAGCUUUUGGCGACGGACUAUCAGUCGUGGCUGGUGCCCUUGCUCAAACCAAUAACGGGAGCAUUAUCCAGGUACGAAGUGAUCGACAUCGACAAAGAACGGCAGGGCGAAAAAACACACUGCUUCUCAACCCUAACCCUAGGCCUAAAAGGUCGCCACCUCAAAGAACUCAGCAUCAACCCACUCCAAUCUCCAUACAAAAUCAAAGACUUCAUCCAUCUCUUAAGAACCGUCUACUCCCUAAACAAAACAACAACCAAACCCCAAUCACCGGGAGACAACAACAAAUCACCUGCAGCAGUUCCCCGACUUCUCAUCUUCUCUCGAAAGACCGUCCGCACGUUCACCAACCUCCGCGACAUCGCGAGGAUGGCGACGGGCCUCGGGUUCCGCGUCACGGUCGCGGAACCAGCCGCCAUGCAGGAUCUCGCCACGUCGGCGCGCGCCGUGCACUCGUGCGACGUCGUGUUGGGAGUCCACGGGUCCGACCUGACGAACGUGGUUUUCCUCCCGGACGGCGCCGUUUUCGUCCAGGUCGUGCCCAUGGCGCUGGAGUGGUGCGCGAGGACGUUCUACGAGGAGCCGUCGGCGGACAUGGGCGUGAGGUACCUGGAGUACAGGAUCGCGAGGGAGGAGAGCAGCUUGGCCGGGGAGUACGCGGAGGACGACGCCGUUUUCGCCGACCCGGCGUCGUUUGAGAGGAAGGGGUGGGGGGUGUUCAAGUCGAUUUACUUGGAUCGCCAGAACGUGACGAUCGACACGCGGAGGUUUCGGCCGACGCUGCUCAAGGCGCUGGCCAUGUUCUCGCAGCCGAACCGGACGUUCAAUUGGUGA